AUGCCAAUCAUCGUAAUUGGAUCAAGAGGUUGCCACUACGCAUUCAUUGCACCAGGUUGCCCUGUCGAGGACCUCGAGACUUUCGCAACAAACAACAAGCCCCAUGUCUUGUUUGUCCCUUCGGCACACAAGAUCGUCAUGCCAAUGGUGUUGGAGAAGCAACUCGAGUGGGUAAAGGUGGAUGCACGAGUCAAGAAAGAUGGAGUUCCACGUCUGUCAACUGUGACACAAUCUGCCAUCAAGAAUUCUGGCAAGGAAAUGGUUCGCAGACUGCAGUCUGUACUAGAAUCGACAACAGGAGUUGCAAAUUGGAAGGCUGAUAUCAAGGAAGUGCCACAAGCUGAGGCAGAAACGGUCGACCACGCCCUAGUGGCACUCAAUUGGUGCGAGAAGACUGCAUGCCACAACGACAAUACCAGAUCGCCUUCCAUCGGCUUCGUUGAUCCAUCCAGCGUCAGCAUCCAUCUCGCUCAGCGAACACUCGGAGCGGCAUGUACAUCAUGGUUGAAGAUUUUCGGAAACACGAUGAACUAUGUGGUGGACGGGCGGAGAUUUAUUGAGGCAUGGUUGGGACUGGACGGCUCCUGCUAUCAAAUGGACAUUAGAAUUACUUGCUGUUCGAGUUUGCAUGGUGUGCCUACCACGUUGUCGCAGAUGCGUCGGAAAUCCCAAGACUUGGCCCUCUUCCCACCCUUUUCUGCUACAUACCAACCUCUCCUCCAUGCACUUCUGCACGACCAUUCUGCUGUGGCCUCUGAGGCAGAGGACCGUGCUUACGAAGAGUCCACUGGAGAGCAAGAUCCUCAUUCCAGCGAGAACAACGACGACAGUAUGUACGAAGAUUCUCACGUUACGUGCGAUUUGGGCGAAGAGGACCUCGCAAUUCUCGGUGACGUGGCGGAGGAGGAGCUUUCCGCUGCCAGGAAUGUCAACAAACAGGUAGCACGAAGUCCUCUGGCUGUCAAAGCUUUGGAAGAUCUGAGAAGAUUCGUGCAACGCAAGAUCCGGCCUUCUCUACUUGACAGAAUAGCCAGCGUCACGCACUGCAUCGAGUCUGCGCAUCUGCCGGCAUCCACAACUUCCGCCAGCAGAUUUCAACUAGGCUUUACCAACAUACUUGACAAUAUCUUCGCCCAUGCCAUCAGCGACAUUUAG